AUGGGUUGUGGGUCAAGUUUAUCCAUUCAUAAGAAUAAAAUAGUCGAUUCAACUGCAACAAGUAAUACAUCAAUAUUCAAAUCGAGUAAAUUAUCUUCGAUAAAUAAGUCGGCUGAGAAACGUGAAGAAAAUUUCGAACCAUUUACACUCGCUUGCUUGGGUAAAAAUUUCGAUGAAAAUGAUCCAGAUUUACGAUCAGUGAUUAAUUAUAUUUGCUGUUUCAAUGAUUCGGAUCAAUGUGAAGAAUUUCUCAAAGAUACCAAUAGAAAAACUGGCAUUUUCCUUAUCGUUUCUUAUCAAUAUUUAACUAAUCUCAUUUCUCACAUACACGAACUACCGCAAAUUCUCGCCAUUUAUAUUCAUCAAGAUGAUAAAACGAAACAUAUUGACAAACAUUGGACAAAAAGAUAUUCAAAGAUCAAAGGUGUUUAUUUCGAUCGUGAAAGCCUAUUGGAACAAUUGUCAUGGGAUGUGAAAAUUUCGUUGAAUAUUCAUGAUUUAGUCCCUAUAAGUGUUUAUAGCCGUAUAGAUGCAAUUCAAACCUCUAACAAUUCUACCGACCAUCUUCGUUUUCUUUUUUAUCAAUUAUUCAUUCAACAAUAUUGUUUAAACUCUUCGAAAACGUUAACCAAUCAUGAUUUUCUCAAAUUUGCUCAGAAAUACUACCAUGCUAAUCGGAAAGAAUCGAAACUAAUCAAACAAUUCAUUAAUGAAUGUCAUUCACCGAAAGAUCUUUUCUUCUGGUUUCUUCAAAAUUCUUUUCUUCGUCGGAUGUUCACUCAAUCUUUAUUAACGUUGGAUAUUCAACUUUUAUUCUUCUUAAGAUAUUUCAUUCACGAUAUGCAUAGUUACAUGGUUGAACAAGCGACAAAUUCAAAUCAAAGAUCGAAUUAUGGUGCCGCGAGGUCUAACAGUACACGAUUAACAAGUGAAAAGGUGUUUUAUCGAGGUCAAGCAUUAGCGAAAGAUACAUUUCUUAAAAUCAAAUCCAACAUUGGCGAAAUGUUAUCAAUGAACAAUUUCGUUUUAGCAAGUAAAAAUCGUCAAGAUUGUUUAGCGAAUCUACGUCAGAAUGUAUCAACAACAAAUUUAGUUGUUCGAGUUUUAUUCGAAAUCAAAAUUCCAUGGGAAUAUUCUCAACAAAAACAACGUCCGUUCAUUGAUUUAGAUCAAUCUUCAUCAGAUGACGAUAUUUAUUCAACUGUAUUUUUUAUUGGUUCAAUCUUUCGAAUCAACACCGUGGAAUUCGAUAUCAAUAAUGAUUGUUGGACAAUUCAAUUGACCUUAUAUGACGAGAAAAAUAAUCAGGAUUUUUCUCAAGUAUUUACAUUUCUAAAUAAUUUUAAAAGCGUGAGUACACAGAAUGCAACAACACCUGCCAAUCUUCUUCGACAAAUCUCCCCAAACUCGGCCGAACAGUUUUACAAAUAUUUAUUGAAGGAAAAUGAUGAGUCUUUGUCAAAAAUCGAAUGUUAUCGUGGUCUCGGUCUUUGUUCGUACGCGAACAAUGAUUAUGGUCAAGCAUUAAGUUACUUUGAAAAAGCCUUACAAUACAAGCCGACUGAUAAACUCACGAAAUCAACAUUACAUAACAGUAUCGGCCUUGUCUAUGCUCGACAAAAUCAAAAUGAACAAGCAUUGAACCAUUUUAACAAGGCUUUAGAAUAUACUUCAUUGCCAUUACAUUCAGCGUGUAUUCAUCAUAAUCUUGCAUUGAUUUACAGUCAACAAGAGCAGUAUGAAGAAGAAUUAGAACAUUAUGAACAGGCGUUGAAACUUCGAACACAACAAUUACCAAGUCAACAUUUGCAAUUGGCCUCGUUACAUAACAACAUCGGAAUUGCAUAUUCGGAUAUGCAUGAUUAUGAUAAUUCAUUGUCGAAUUUAAAAACAGCUUUGGAAAUUCGAUUGAAAUUACUAUCUGAUUCUCAUAUUGAUGUGGCUAGAAGUUAUGCAAAUAUUGGUACGGUUUAUUCUAAAACACAAGAGUUUCGUAUGGCUUUGGAUUAUUUCACUAAAGCUCAUCUUCUUUUGGAAAAACAGACACAAUUACCUGAGCAAGAUAUCGAACAAUUGAAGAAAAACAUCAAAAUUGUUAAUGAUAAACUUCGGUAA